CGAUUGAUUGUUUCUGGUCGGUCUGGUUUGGAUCUGUCCCUCUCCUUUUUGCUUGCGAUUUCUAAUCCUCCUCUUCCGAUUCCUGCCUUGCUCUGUUUUCAGGUUCCUUUUUCUCUUCCGAUUCCUGCUUCUGUAAAAAUUUCUCAGAACCAACCACCGGAUAUCAUCCCUGAAAAAUUGAAAAACAUGGAAGGAGAAGGAGGAGAAGAGCUCAGCAUACAGGAGCUGGCCUCCAAUCUCUCAACCUACAAAGAUCAGCUUCACCAGUUUUACCCCUUUGAUGGCGUGUUUGGUUGGAGCAUAACAAGAGAAUCUUCGACAAUGAGGAGAAAGUAAAGGAGCUUUUAGCUGAUGAUCCUGCAAACUCUGAGUAUGUUGACAUGGAAAGAGAGCUCAAUGAGGUAAUUGCUCUGACAGAAGAACUACUUGCAACUGCAAAGCAAAAUCAGAAUUCCGGAUUAGAUUUCGGGACAAGUGAUAGUACAUCACCUAGUUUGCACCAGACUCAGAGGAAUGAAAAUGAUUCAGGGAAUAUUUCCGAUUAUCAUGACAAGUUUUCUGUUGGCACAAAAGUUCAAGCUGUUUGGAGUGAAGAUGGGGAGUGGUACGAUGCCACAAUCGAGUCUCUUACUCCAAAUGGGUAUUUCGUUACUUAUGAUAGCUGGGGGAAUAAAGAAGAGGUGGAUCCAGACAAUGUAAGACCAAUUCAAGAAGGUGCUGUCAAUGCAUUGCUGGAAGCUGAAAGGGUUGCUGAGGCCACAAAACAAGCACUCAAAAGGAAGAUUGCACAAGCUGCUUCUGUUGAUUUCCAAUCACGAAGUUUACCACCAAAACUUCGUAUAGAACCUGAUGAUCCAGAGGAUGUGAAAGUUACCAAACGCAAAAAGAUACAUGCUUUCAAGUCAAAGAUGAGGAUGGAACAACUGGAAGUUACACAGAAUAAACGUCAAAAUGCUUGGCAACAGUUCCAAACAACCAAAGGCAAGACUAAGAAGAUUGGUUUCUUUUCUGGACGCAAGCGUGAGAGCAUUUUCAAAUCUCCUGAUGAUCCUUUUGGGAAGGUUGGGGUGACUGGAAGUGGGAAGGGCUUGACGGAUUUUCAGAAGAGGGAAAAACACUUGCACCUCAAAGGGGGAGUGGGUGAGAAUGAUGAAGAGGCUCCUUAGGUCCAUAGACUCCCUGCACUUGCAUAGCGAUGAAGAAAACCAAUCUACCUGCCAUCCCUGUACCUUGUGAAAAGGUUUAGUCGGAACUUGUUAGCUCAAAACCCGUGGAAUGCCAUUGCCAUAUGUAUUGUUCUUACCCUCGUGUCGUGGUUAUUAUUGCCUUAUGAGUUGUAUUGUGUUACGCGUUUAUGUCUUGAAAUGAAGCAAUGGUUUGACUCCCA